UGGUUAUAGCAGGCGGAGUGUAUGAUCAGAAAGGGCCACAAGCUGAUCUGUGCCAGAGCUUGCUACAAUGAGCCCAACUCUGAACGAUAUUGUAUCUUCUCUACAGAGAAGUGGGACAUUUAUCAAUUCUUUAAUUGUGGCUUUGACAAUUGGUGGGCAACAAUUGUUCUCCUCUUACACGUUCAGAUGCCCCUGUCAGGUUGGGAAGAAUUUCUAUUAUGGUUCAGCUUUCCUUGUCUUUCCUGCCUUGAUCCUUCUGAUUGCUGGCUAUGCUCUGAGAAGCCAAAUGUGGACGAUUACUACUGAAUAUUGCUGCAGCUGUGCCUCUUCACAACGGACAGUCACCCCCCUGGAGCGCAAGCUGGCCUGCCUUAGGUUCUUCAGCAUCACUGGGAGGGCACUUAUUGCUCCAUUAACGUGGCUGGCAGUGACCCUGCUGAGAGGUACCUACUAUGAAUGUGCAGCAAGUGAGUUUGCAUCUGUGGACCAGUACCCAGUGUUUAAUAAUGUCACUGCCGGCAAACGAGAAGAGAUGCUAGCUGGGUUUCCAUGCUGCAAAUCAGCUCCUUCUGAUGUGACCCAAGUAAGAGAUGAAGUAGUUCUUCUGCAUAGAUACCAAUCACAGAUGCUCGGCUGGAUUUUGAUCACCUUGACAUUCAUCGCUGUCCUUAUCUCUCGCUGUUUGAUGAGGUGCUGCUCACCCCUCACCUCUCUGCAGCAUUGCUACUGGACGAACCACCUCCAAAAUGAGAGAGAGCUCUUUGAAGAAGCUGCAAAGCAGCACUCCCGGCUCCUCAUCUCGCAGCGCAUAGAGAAACUAUUUGGCUUUGCUCCUGGGAGUGAAGAUGUCAAACAUGUCCGCAUUCCUUCAUGUCAGGACUGGAGAGAGAUUUCAGCACCCAGUUUUCUAGGCAUGGGUGAUGACUUGCAAGGCCACUAUAGCAUCCUUGGAGACAGGGUGGUUGAGGAAAAUGACGAAGACCGGUCAGGGGGUAUUGAAUUAAAGCCUUGAUUAUAAAGCACAUCUCACAAUUCAGGUUGCUUAACAUAUUUGAUUUUACAAUGAUGAAGUUUCAAUGUAAUCUCUUCAUCUUUUCUCCUUCUUUGAUAUUUGUUACAUAGCUCCAUCCAAAAUCAAUUUAUCUGAAAAUUGUCCCAAUCUCUCCCUCUGAAAUUUCACUGAUUGUCUGGUAAUGACUACAAUAUCAUAUUGGCCUAAGAAAAAACAACUGAGAAUUUGAAGUCUUAUUGACAUCUGUAUCUUGGUUCUUUUACUUAGUAGAUAUGUUAAAAUUAAUAUUUCUGGGUGCCAUUUUGUCAUCUGUACAUAGUAGCUACCUCUUAGAGCUGUUGUGAGGAUUAAUGUGAAAAUACAAACUAAGUGUUCAGCCCAGUGCCUUUCAUAAGUUCUAUUAAAAUCACUUUAUCUCUUC